CAUUGUGUUCGGGACCGCAAUUGAUAAGCGGCUCAGUGACGUAAUCGUUGUAAUCGCACCAGCCGCGGGCUCGACGACGACACGACCACUCUGCUCCACUGUAUAGUCGCUCGCUAUGCGUAUCAACGAAAUUCCUAGUCACAAUAUGGCACGAUGACGAAGGUGCAGAUGUACUGAUGUCACAAUUCACGAUUGUUUUGCUUGAUAUUAUUAUUUUGAAAUGUUUUUCCCGAGAGCGGCGUCCUAGUGCGGUGUAAGGUUUUAGUUGCGGUUGGUGUUGUAGACUUGUAGUGUUGUCGUACUGUCGUAGUCGUAGCCAGGUAGGUGCGUAAGUAGUUCUCGUCCUUUUCCAGUUCGCGGUUGUGAAAACUCGUAAUUUCCUCGCGACUGACUACCUUCGAUUCACCACGAACGAUUUAUCGUCCGUUUUCUUCCGUUUUUCUGAUAGUCCCGCCGGCGCCUCAGUCGCGUUUCCGUUCUUGUCCCACCUGAUGUGCUUGCAAUGAACGGGAUGACGUUCAGCGAGUUGAUGUACCUGUUCUGUUGCCCACCCCUGCCAUCCCGCAUCGCCGCCAAGCUGGCGUUCCUUCCGCCGCCAAUUACGUACGACUUCACGCCGGUCGACAGUGGUGAGACCAAGUACCACAUAAAGUUCAACGACAAGGCCGAGUGGCAGUACACCGACAGCGACGUGCAGAACAUCGAGGGAUUCUACGCUCGCACGUCCCGUGGAAAUCGCAUAGCGUGCAUAUUCGUGCGAUGCUGUCCUAACGCCCGUUACACCAUAUUGUUUUCGCACGGAAACGCCGUCGACCUGGGCCAGAUGAGCAGCUUCUACCUAGGACUGGGUAUGAGAAUCAACUGCAACAUAUUCAGCUACGACUAUUCCGGCUACGGCAUCAGCAAGGGCAAGCCGACUGAGAGGGACCUGUAUGCGGACAUUGACGCUGCUUGGCAAACAUUAAGGACCACCUACGGCAUCAGUCCCGAAAACAUCAUACUCUACGGCCAAAGCAUUGGCACCGUGCCUACUGUCGACUUGGCGUCCAGAUAUGAAGUGGGAGCUGUAGUCCUUCAUUCGCCUUUAACGUCCGGCAUAAAAGUAGCGUUUCCUAGGUCCAAAAGGAAAUGGUUCUUUGAUGUGUUUACCAGUAUCGAUAAGGUAUCAGAAGUUAACUCUCCAGUACUCGUCAUACAUGGAACACACGACGAAGUAAUUGAUUUUUCACACGGUGUCGCUAUUUAUGAAAAAUGUCCUAAAGCAGUUCCACCACUAUGGGUUGAGGGUGCUGGACACAAUGAUGUAGAAUUGCAUAAUGUUUAUUUGGAAAGACUUAAACAAUUUGUUACUACUGAACUGCUCAACUGACAUUUAAUUGAAAAUAAAGAUGCAGAUACAUCAAAUGGACAAUCGCCCAGUAUGGUAACUAAUGGCUCAGCGACUGAGAAAUUACUUUGGUAAUUUUUUAUUAUUAUAUCUAAUAAUACUAUAUAUUAGUGUAUAAUUUGUAUAAUAUUUAUCAUAUAAAAUAUUAAUCGUUCAUACUAUUUUAUCAUCCAUUACAAUUCAUGUACAAUAUAUUUUUUUUUUUUGUUAAUCAUUCGCUUAAUCGUUAUUUAUUAAGUCAUGACUAUAUAACACUAUUCCUAAACAAGUAUUUUGAAGUUUAAACAAUUUAUUUAAUAUUUAUAUAUUUUAUGAUUUGUGUAUUA